CUUCGUGUUCGUUGCCUGAUAUUGUCAACAUUGUUGCCUUUCUGUCCAAACAAAAAGUGUUCUCCAAGAUCUAUCCGAUCGGGGACCAAUCAGCAGCCCGAAUCUACUGGAUUCCGGGAUGAGUUCACCCGCAUUUAUGGCCACUGCAAUAAUCAAGUGUUGUUAAGCCGGAUUGUUUAUUGUUCCUGCUCCUCCCUCUAAUCAGCUCAGCAAGAUAGGUGUCUGAUCGAGAAAGCCAAUACUACUCAGUAAUAACAGUGUUACGCUCUAAUCUUUAUUCCUGAGCAACCCAUUCACCCAUUCACCCAUUUCCAGACCUACCCUGCCUGACACGUGAACCGGCAAUCAUUAAACACCACCACCAUCGCCAUCACAAUCAUUGUCACCACCUCCACAAGCCAGUCCACAAUGUCCGCUCGUCGCGCAGUCGAUAAAUCCUCUGCUAAGGAUGUGGUCACUCCGUCAAAAUCCGAGAAGUCCUCUGACUCGGAUGUAACCCCUGCAGUUCCCACAAAUGUUAUCAUGAAACUGCUGGGCUUCUCCGCCGCCAUGGUGAUUGCACCUAUUGGCAUUUACUUUAUCACGGUUGAUUUCAUCGGUGGAAGUGCCACUGUCGGCGGCAUCGUUGCAGCCAUCAUGGCCAACAUCGUCCUCUUCUCCUACGUCUACGUCGCGUGGAAAGACGAUCAGGCGGAGAGAGAGGCCGAUGCCAAGCAGACAGAGAAGAAGGCGCAGUAGUGCGGAUUUUCGAGUAUGAUUUGGUCUUUGUUUUCAAUAUCAUUCAAUACCAGGUGUUUGAUCUACGGCGUUCCAGGGGCAGUUGCGUGUAUGCUAUGUAUCUAUCAUGUGUCUAUGGGUGAUUGCUCCAGAAUAUCAAUUUUGCAAGUCCUAAUGGGACCGAGCAUCGGUG